ACUUCUGUUUAUAGAAAACAAAUAGAGAAAAUCACUGGGGAACCAGGAUGGAAGAAAAUGGUCGCAGCACAAAACAAUCAAGCCAGUCAAGCGAGACGGCUACUAACUGGGGCAGUGGACGGCAGACAACUGCAACAGAAGCAUCUUCUUCUGAAGUAGAAACCACGAACGCUGCCAUGUUGGACGGUGAGGAGCCUGGUGAUAGUGACCAUCAUGAGGUUGUUUUAGCAGCAAAUCUGUCAGGAGAUGAUGAUGCUGCUGCUGCUGAUGAUGGUGGUGAUGAUGACGUCUAUUCCGGGGAAUCUCAAGCUAUUGCUCUUCCAGCUAAUGUUCCGCCAUUGAUGGCGGAAAAUUGCAGUGACGUGAAUUUGGGAUGUACAAUAAACAAAUAUUAUGUACAGGAAGCAAAACAUACCGAAGCUGAGAAUCCCCGGUUUAAUAACCUCAAACAUAGAUGCGUGUCUGUGCUGGAGGCGGAAUGCUACUGCCCGAAUAAGGGCACAUCGAUGUACGUUGGGAAAAGAAUGACUACAGAAUCAGGUAUUCCGUGCCAGAGAUGGGAUCAGCAAUCCCCGCACACACAUGAUAAGAAAGACCCGGCCAUGUUCCCAGACGACACGCUUACUGCCUCAGAAAACUUCUGUCGUAACCCCGACGGACCCCCAUGGUGCUAUAUGACAAACCGGGCAGUUAAGUGGCAGAACUGUGGAAUUCCUGUUUGCAAAGACUGA